AUGGCUGACGGCGGCGGUACGCGCAAGUACUCGUGCAGGACAGCGUCGGAGACCCUAGUGUGGAUCCAUGCCAUAACAAGCUUCCUCGAGCCUUACCGGUUUUUCUUAGAUGCCCAUGUCGUCAAUUUCUUCAAGGAUAGACUGUGGGAAGCAGUUGAUAAAGAGUGGAUGGAUUGCCUGCGGGGAGAGCCUGUGGAGAAACUUCUGCAAAUUCCUUCUGGUGUGGUGCAGGGUAAUUGGCCUGCUUCACUUAAAGAGUACGUCCUUAAGUCAAGGUCCCUUUCUCUUCCCCGUGAUCAGGCUGAUCUGCAGGAGGCUUUCCCAGGUCUGAGAGCAGCACCACUGAACAGUGUCCUUGCCCAAGGCAUGAAUCAGAAGAAAAAACAUGAGACAGAAGCUCUUGCUGCUGUUAUUGGUUCCAUUGCUAGGAGAGUUGGGGCGGACACUAUUGUGGAUGUUGGCUCUGGUCAAGGUUAUCUUUCUCAAGUUCUUUCAUUUGAAUAUGAGCUUUCUGUCAUAGCAAUUGAUGCCUCUUCCCAUCAUGGGAGCAUUACUGAUGGACGGGCCAAGCGUAUUGAGAAGUACUAUGCAUCUAAAAUACGCAAGUCUCGAUCGGAGAAUAAAAGUUUCAGCAAGCCAAGAACAGUCACAUGCCGAGUGCUAUCACCUACCACGUUGAAAGAUAUCAGCAUCUCCCUGGUGCAAGUAAAUGACUCGGAGAAUCCAGCUAUUUUUAGAGACAAGACUGAUGAGCAAUGUUCAGAAAGGACUUCCAGAAGUGAAUCUUCCCCUCCCCUUAAAACAAAGAGCUCUUCAUUGGUUCUGGCUGGGCUUCAUGCAUGUGGAGAUUUAUCGGUGACAAUGAUUAGGACCUUUUUGGAAUGUAAUGAGGUGAAAGCAUUGUGA